AAAAACUUUAUCCGAUUUUCUAUUGGGGUGGAACAAUGUUGCCCUAUUAUUAAAAGUCAACAACGUGGACGUGGAAGGCGUAGAAUCAAUUUUGACCCUUGAACUUUGUGCGACCAAUCAUUUUCGUUGGCUAUCAAAACAUUGUCUGCAUGCGCAGCAGAAGUAUAAAUUAAAACCAGCUGUUGUUUAUGAACUUGGUUCACUGGAGUAAUAUAAUAUUACCAAGCUUUCUAUUUUGACGAGACACCUCUUGACACAUAAAAAGCAUUUGACUUGCCUUUCAUCAUGUCUGCACCUGACGAAAAAUACUUGGAUGAGUUGGAUAAGUAUAACAUUGAACAAGAUAAAUACGAAAACCAUGCACAUAGUGGUAAAGGUAGGAGUAAAAAGGAAGCUACACAACACCAUCACGAAGAUCCGAGUGGACACACUAGAAAGGAUGUGCAAAAGCUUGUAAAUAAUGCACACAAGCAAGCAGGGAAAAAAGCAGAAAAAGAAAAAAAAUGAACUUAUUCUGUUCACAUCCUUAUGUAUGGUAAGUUCGCUUUGUACGUUUUUAUUAAUUAAUGUGACUGUGACUGAACAAGUAUAAGUAGUAAGUAGGCCUAUCCGCCGAUCUAUAAUCUAUACUAUUAAUAAUAUUAAUAAGUCUGUCAUGACAGUCUGUACUUACAGUUACAGUGUGAAAUUGAAACUUACAGUGCCUACAGUCAGUAAAUCAAUACUUAAUACAGUUAGUUAGUAAGUUAAGUACGGCAGUAACUUAGAGUAAGGUAAUUUGGUAAUACUUCUUUAUUUUACUUAAGUCCGUUAGGUAGUUAAGGUAGACUAACGCCUAAACUUAACACCUAGGCCUAAAGUAAAGUAAGGCCCACUGACCGCCACUGUCAAGUGAAAUAAUUUAAAUCACUGGUUAUAAUUUUUAGUUUAAUGACAAGUUUGGCCUUAUUGUCCAUUGCCCAUUCAUUAAUUAAUAUUGAUUUUUAUUUGAAUUAACCUAAGUUGUUUUACGAUUUACGUAUUAAUUAGUAAUUGUAAUGUAUUAGUAUUGUUAAUUGUAAGGACUAACUUUACUGUCACUAAAAAACUAUGAUAAUUUUACAUAUUUAAUAUUAUACUUGCCGGUACUGGUAAAAGGUAUAGCCUAUUGCAUGAGUAUGACAUGACUGACUCAUGUGAACUGUACUAUGUGAUGACAAAUUGGCAAUGCCAUAUUAUGAAUUUGUUUAAUUAGACCUACAAAUAUUUAAAAAAAAGGAAAAUACACAAUUUUUAUAGAUUAAAUAAUUGUAUAAAAAUUGUUGUGGGGGUUGACAUUUGUCAUUUGUGAAACAUGACCAUGUAAAAUGACAAACAAGUCUUAGUGCAGUAUCAUAGUACCAUGACAUAGGUUUGUCCUCUUUUACAUUUAUUUUUGUAGACCAAGCUAAUUCUAAGACUAAGACUGGAGCCUAUUUUUAUCAGUUUAAAUUUAAUCUUUGAGUUGAAGUUCAAGUCUGAUGAAUUAAAUAUACUUGGCCUACUUAAAUGUUUAUCAUAAUAAUAAUUUUACAUACUUAUUUUGACUGUCACAAGAUUGUUAUUUAUAUUUUCUUAUUUGUUUCAGUUGAGAUCACUUCAUAAAAAUCUCUCAAUGACAAGUUGAUAUGGAACCUUGAACAAUUGUUUUCUCAUUCAUACAGUACAUUCACUACAGUUUGGAAUCAUCUCUUUGACAAUGGCCCCAGAAUGCUGACAAGGAUGAACAUUUUUCUACUCCUACUGUUUGUUGACAUGUUAUCACUUUCCAAAAUGUUUCAAGUGAUGUCAUCGAAUUCAUUUGUUAAUUUCGUGCACUUCAAAAUUUCAUGUGUUCUUCAUGUCAAAUAAAUCGUUAAUGGGUAUUGGGUUCAUUUUGUUAUGAAAUUUAAGUUUUCAUUUCUCUAACCACACAGUCACAGCAAAGUUAUUACUGUGAAAUUAUAUUCCUGUAAAAUUGAUAUACAUCAUGAUCCAUAUGAUGCCAGAAAUUUUGACAAAUAAAUGUGUGGUCUUUCAUUACUGUCUUGUUGUCAUGUUCAUUUGUGAUGUUAAAAUUUUACAGUACCGGUAUUGAGUUUUUAGAAUAGAGUUAAUCCAAAUUUAAUUUAAAAUUUAAAAAAUACAUUGCGAUUAAUCAAUGUUAUUUGUUUGUGGGGGGGGUCUGAGGCAGAGCUGUCACUUUUGGAGCCCCCCUAACACUUUUCAGUUUUGUGCCCCCUCCAUACAAAGUUGAUUGUUCUUUUUUUUUUUCCUUAUCAGAACGUUUGGCCCCUUAAAUAUCCUGCUGUUGCAGGACACACACAAGGACUAUGGUCUUAGGAAUUAUAUUUCAAUUGUUUUAUUCUUUUCAAC